UUAAACUAUUUUUUUUAAAAAUAUUUGAGGAAAGCGUUCACGGCGCCAAAGACACCCUCAAACAUUCACCAACCAAUAAAAUAUUUCCACGUGGAACGCUCGUUUCGAGGACACAAGGCUUUCUUACAUACGUGGGAUCACCAACUAUCGGCCGUCAGAGUCUCUCUCCUUCAAAUUGCCAAUCGUCCGAUCAGAGUCUCUCUGUUUUCCAAUUAGGCCCAGGAGGACGUCCCACACAACCAAAUCCGAAAACGUCGUCGUUUUUCUUCUAGCGUCUUCGUCGGUCUCGAUCCCGGCAUUUCAACCGACUCUCCUUGUGACUUCGCCACCUCUCUCUCUUUUUCCCCAUUUCUCUGCCAUUUGAGGCUUCUUUUUGAAGCUUUUCGUGGAUUCUGGCAAUGUCGAAUUCGGAAUUUCUAGAUCUUUGAUGAAGAAUUUCGGAACCGAAAUCGAGUUUUCGGUUGCAAUGCGGGAUUCGGAUUUAUAGGUUUUCUUUUUUCUUUUUUGGUCGCUUUAUUGAAUUUUUUUUUUAAUUUUUUUUAUUCGCUAAAUGAUGACGGAUCAAGUUACAUAAAGGGAUAUAAAAAGGCUGAUCUCGCUGUGGAAGCGAAGGGUUGCGAUCCGAGCUUCCGAGUUGGCGAGAAUUUUUUCGUGGUUUCCUGAUCGGAAUUUCGGGUUAAAAAAACAAACGAUGUCGUCGAAGGUUGUGUAUGAAGGUUGGAUGGUCCGCUGUGGCCGGCGGAAGAUCGGACGGUCUUUUAUUCACAUGAGGUAUUUCGUGCUUGAGUCUCGUUUGCUUGCAUAUUACAAGAGGAAGCCGCAGGAUAAUCAGGUUCCAAUCAAGACACUUUUAAUCGACGGAAACUGUAGAGUGGAGGAUCGAGGCUUGAAGACCCAACAUGGUCAUAUGGUCUAUGUUCUGUCUGUUUACAACAAGAAAGAGAAAUACCAUCGGAUUACGAUGGCAGCAUUUAAUAUCCAGGAGGCACUCAUCUGGAAGGAAAAAAUUGAAUUUGUAAUCGAUCAGCAUCAGGGUUCACAGGCUGCAAAUGGUAACAAAUAUGUUUCUUUUGAAUACAAAUCUGGAAUGGAUAACGGAAGGAAUGCUUCAUCAUCAGACCGUGAAAGUCAGUUCAGUGCACAAGAAGAUGAAGAUGAUGCAGAUCAAACUAUACUGCGGAGAACAACAAUUGGAAAAGGUCCUCCAGAUUCAGUGUUAGACUGGACAAAGGAGUUAGAUUCAGAUCUGUCAAACCAGAAUGUCAACAACCAAGCAUUUUCUAGAAAGCUUUGGCGUCUUGUACAGUGCCAAAAUGGACUUCGGAUUUUUGAAGAGCUUUUUGAUGUUGAUUACCUUCCGAGGAGCUGUAGUAGGGCAAUGAAGGCUGUUGGUGUGGUAGAGGGCACCUGCGAAGAAAUUUUUGAGCUUGUAAUGAGCAUGGAUGGAAGUCGGUUUGAGUGGGAUUGCACUUUCCAGUAUGGCAGCUUAGUUGAGGAGGUAGAUGGUCAUACAGCAAUACUGUAUCAUAGACUUCAGCUGGACUGGUUUUCAAUGUUUGUGUGGCCUCGUGACCUUUGCUAUGUGCGUUAUUGGCGUCGAAAUGAUGAUGGAAGCUAUGUUGUUUUGUUUCGUUCUAGGGAGCAUGAAAAUUGUGGUCCACAGCCAGGAUAUGUGCGAGCGCAUAUUGAGAGUGGAGGAUUUAAUAUUUCUCCUUUAAAACCUCGAAACGGGAAACCUAGAACACAGGUUCAGCAUCUUAUGCAGAUUGACCUGAAAGGAUGGGGUGUGGGUUAUAUAUCAUCAUUUCGGCAGUAUUGUCUCCUCCAGAUGUUAAAUAGUGUUGCUGGACUUCGCGAAUGGUUUUCACAAACAGAUGAAAGGAAUGCUCCUCCAAGAAUCCCAGUUAUGGUUAAUAUGGCCUCAGCAUCUGUUUCUUCACAGAAGAGUCAAAAGCUAAAUGUGUCAUCUGUUCAUCCAAGCCCUUCUCUCGAUCAAAUAAAUUCUACUAACCGAAAUUCGAUGAUGGAUGAAUUCUCUGACGAAGAUGAGGAAUUUCAAAUUGCUGAGGCUGAGCAAGAGGCAUAUGAAAGCCAGCUUGAGAAUGAUGUUAAGAAAAUAGAAGAAGAAGUAGCAGAACAAAUUGAUCUAUCUUGUUUUUCUGGUAAUCUACGGCGUGAUGACCGUGAUACAGCUCGUGAUUGCUGGAAAAUUUCUGAUGGUAACAACUUCAGAGUUCGUGGGAAGAAUUUUUGUUAUGAUAAAACAAAGAUUCCUGCAGGAAAACAUCUAAUGGAUCUUGUUGCUGUUGAUUGGUUCAAAGACACAAAAAGGAUGGACCAUGUUGUUAGGCGUCAAGGAUGCGCAGCACAAGUUGCAUCUGAAAAGGGCCUUUUCUCUGUGGUCUUUAAUCUACAAGUUCCUGGAUCAACACACUACAGUAUGGUAUUUUAUUUUGUUACUAGAGAAUUAGUACCUGGAUCCCUCUUACAACGGUUUGUUGAUGGUGAUGAUGAAUUCCGUAAUAGUAGGAUGAAGCUUAUCCCAUCUGUUCCCAAGGGUUCAUGGAUUGUCCGCCAGAGUGUUGGAAGCACCCCAUGUUUAUUAGGAAAAGCGGUAGAUUGCAAUUACAUCCGUGGUCCCAGCUACCUAGAAGUUGAUGUCGACAUUGGUUCCUCAACUGUUGCUAAUGGGGUUUUGGGGUUAGUAAUUGGUGUGAUUACAACAUUGGUUGUUGACAUGGCUUUCCUUGUACAGGCAAAUACUACAGAUGAAUUGCCAGAGCGGCUAAUUGGUGCUGUUCGUGUUUCACAUAUAGAGCUUUCAUCGGCUAUAGUGCCUAAGCUGGAUACAGAACCAUCAUGACCUGACCAAAAAACAUUAGACCCUUUCUGAUUUUCCAUACAAAAUGUCAAAAUCAUUAUUUAAUGAUAUGCAUACAAUGCAUCCAUCCAGAUUUCAUUGCCAUAUUAUGGAUUAUUAUGGCAACGAAUACCAUCAGUUUUCUCAAGUGGGAUUUUUUCAUGAAGUAAAAAAAAGGGGAUGUGUAGUUUGUCAAUAAAAUUAAGGAAUUACUCAAUUCAUUUUUUGUUCAUAUAUAUAUAUAUAUACAUAUAUACAUAUUCUCUUUUCUUCUCA